AUGCGUGUAGCGGUGGAGAGGAAAACGGGCACGUUGUUGGAAUCGGUGAUCUGUGGGAGGGAGGGAGGGUGGGCGGAAAGCUACGAGUGCUACGCAGAGCUGUUGGCCCAGUCUGGUGGCGGCGUUGGCUUGGCUACCAGACUGCCUCCACUCGCCAACGCCCCGUCGACCAGCCUCGACCCGCCCACGGCCCUCUCGAUCGCCCGGAACAAGAAGGACCUUGAGGAACGCGACUGGUACUGGGGCGACAUCUCGCGGUCAGAGGUCAGUGAGAUCAUGCUCGGUCAACCGGACGGUGCCUUCCUCGUGCGUGACGCCUCCGCGGGCUCAGCGAGCGCCUUCACUCUCACCGAAAGGCACGUGAUCCGAGGUUCUUCGGUGGAAUCCCUGACUAGUUCCACCUCGAGCAUGGGCGCUGAGGUUUCCCAAAUCGCCAUGCAGUUCGGUCUCGAACAGGGCUGUUUUUGCCGCCAAUCGAAAACGGGCAAUGCAACUGGCCGCGGAGGCGUCGUGAUCGAACGAGAUCCACGGUCGCACAUGCCGACGCGUGCCGGCGUGCUCGCAUCACUCCUGCCCCCAAAAGAGCCACCACGCGCUGUCAAAACGCCCUGCGCGUCUGGUAGUAUUGUCGUUGAAAGGAAAAUGCAGUUCUUUUGGCGCAACUUCACCACAAUCCUCUUCCGGAUCUACCACCGAGGCGACGUCUUCGACAUUACCAACCCCCCCUCGCCGGGCUUCCCUCUGGUCUCGAGUCUGGUAGCGCACUACCAGCAGCAGGGGGCGCUCACGGGCGUCGAGGUGCCCACCCCGCGUCUCCUGCAUCCCGUCACCCGCCGCAACUUCAUCGACCUGCCACCCUCGCAUCUCGCCUCGGCGGCCAGUUCCGGCCAAAUUGUCCAGGGCCUCCUGGCUGCCCUCAAAAACACCUCCGUUGAACUGACUCGCUUCCAGGUGCAGGUGUCCGAUGUGAACCGGAAAUUGACCGAGCUGAUACACAAGAUGGCCACCACGACAAACCAGAUGCGUGCUCUUGGCCUGGCGCAGGACUGGCUGGUGAAGACGAACUACCAGUUUUCGCGCAACCAACAGGCUCUCCCUGGCGUCAGUCAGGACGCCCUGGCAAAGUACGUGUCCAUCUUCGAGAAGCGUCUGGCGUGGACUCGUGCCACGCGUCUGGAGAAACGGCGCCAGCACAACUCCCUCCUCGACCGCACACGCCAGGUCUCCGAGAGCCAGGUCGUGCUGUGCUCGAAACAACACCAAGUCAGCCGUCGGAUGCAGGAGAUUCGGCGUGAGUUGAAGCGUCGCGGAGUCUCCGACGAGGUCAUCAUCGCCUUCGACACGGUUGUCACGGACGGGGCGCCUUCACAGCCGCCGCCACCGUCGACGGCGGUGGUGCCUGCGUCCGACGGCCAUCCCACCAGUCUGAAACGGAGUGAUUGGUUCGCGGACGUCUCGAGACAACUGGCUGAGAGCAUCUUGUCCAACAAACCCUCGGGCACCUUCCUCAUUCGACCCUCGGCCGUCCCUAAUCGGUUCGCGCUCUCUGUCAGAACGGGCACGAGUAUCCAGCACUGCCUCAUCUACUGCUUGCACAACCGCUACGGCUUCUCCGAGUCGUCGCUGCCGUUUCUCUCCCUCGAGGAGUUGGUGGCGCACUACCGGGUGUCUAGUCUGGCACAGCACAACGCCCUCCUCGACACCACCCUCACUCUACCCGCCUUCGCCCCCUCGUCUCCGCCCUAG